UACCUACGUCAUAUUGUGGAGACGAACAUUGACAUCGAGGGGCAUGACUUUUUAAAAACUUGUGUUGGAUUACUGUUCAUUAUUGUUUUAUCUUCAGUAAAGGACUUGGUCACGAUGCUCUCUAUUUCCAGGUUUCUUCUAAAAAAUCAAGCUGUUUUGGUUUCUAGACAGUUGCAGAGGACUCUGUCUUCUCAGACAGAUGGAGAGACCCGAAUUGCACACAUUCUCAAAGAGAAGUUUCCAUCGGCCACGUCUCUAAAAGUUGUGGACAUAUCAGGUGGCUGUGGUGCCAUGUAUGAAGUCCAUAUAGAAUCCAAUGAAUUUAAAGGGAAAAGAACUGUUCAACAACACCAACUAGUCAACCAGGCUCUCAAGGAGGAGAUCCAAGGAAUGCAUGGACUACGAAUAUUCACAGAUGUUCCUCGAGAGUAGGACCAAGCCCUUUUACAAAUUGUAGGUCUAUGAAUGUACACCCCUCAAACGGAAUGUCAUAGGCUGAUUACAUUUUCAUCUAAGGAUGAACACCCUAAAAUCUCAGAUGAAUUGCUGAUGUGUCUAUGACAGUAACAAAGGAAAUGGUUUGUCCUGUUACUUCCUGACAGUAUUGUCAUAAAUAAUCUGAAGAAUUUAUGGUAGGGACAUAUUUUACAAUGUCAAUUGUGUAAUAAAUGUAACAAUAAAACUAUCACAUAUUUUUAUUUAUUUACCAUAAACACAAUUAAAUUAUUGAUGAGAUUGAAGAUGAGAUUAUUCGAAUGAUGCCUUUACAGAAGACAUUGACCUAAAAAGCUAUGAUGCGCACAAAAUAACGCUGUCAGGAUUCAGUAGUAAAUUGCCAAGUCAAUUGGAUAGGGGCCUAAUUGAGUUGGCCUGUAGUUUUUUUAACCAUUGUAAAGAUAGGAUGCAAAUACAUUGUAGUGAACAGACGGAAAACCUCAUAAGACAACUAGCUAUGCAACGUUUCUUGUACAUUUAAUCUGUAAUUGAAAAUCCUUCCUAUAUUUGUGUUUUUGUUUAGUGUAGUAGUUGUUUGUCAUGAGACAAGUUUUCAUUCUGUUUCCAGUAUUUAUGUUCUGUUAUUCCUCCUUGUUAACCAUUAAUGUAGAAAUAAAAGUUGUUGACAAAGUAGAUGGAUUUAAAUAAAUAGUAUGUGAUUAAAAGGACAAAAACACAGGACCCUUAUGUCUUUAUUAAAGGGAUACUUCAGGAUUUUGCCUA